AUGGAGAUUCCCAUGGCUGCAGGUUCAGAAUUCUCAACUUCAGCAGGUUCACACCCUGGUCAGCUCCCACCGCCCUACCAGAUGCUCAACGUCCCACCUUUAGAACCUGCCAACAGCCAAGAAGAUCCCCAGGACUAUCUGCUAUUAAUUAACUGUCGAAGCAAGAAACCAGAGCCAACAAGGUCUCAUGCAGAUUCGGCAAAGUCUUUACCAUCUGAAACGGACUGUAAUGACAAUGUUGCCACUCAUAAGAGUUCUUCCUCCCACAAGCAUGCCUUAAAUGGAUAUUACCAACAAUCAAGUGUUUAUGACUCUCCAUCCCGUGCUGGCUCCUCUUCAGAGUCUAGUUUUUACAACCUCCCCAAAGCUAUUCACAAGAUAUUUUGCCAAAAGCGGUGUCUCCGUCUGCUACGGACAUGGAUGCAGAUCAGAGUGUUUUCAAUAUGUCUGGAGCCUCCUUAUUAGAAUCACAACUGAGGCAUAUUACUGUAAGCUAUGACAUUCCUCCUAGUUCGGGAAGCAGUUAUCAGAUACCUAGGACUGUGCAUGAAAAUUCCUUGGCGCAAUCUACUUCAAAAUUAGAGACAAUUACAGAUGUUCCUCCUCCUAGACCACCAAAGCCCCAUUACUCCUCAGAGCGUUCCCCUGCAGAACACAGCCUAACCCGCACUGCCUCAGAGACUGACAGCAACUACAGUGUUCCCACAGGUGGAAUUGCAUCAUCGCGUAGUAAUACAAUUUCUAGCUUAGAGCUAACCAAAUACAGGAAAGAAAUGAGUUCUCAAGAUUUCUACGAUGUCCCUCGUCCCUUUACAAGUGAUAGAUCUAGUUCUCUUGAGGCCUUUCAUAGUCAUUUUAAAAACAGAAGCAUGUUAACAGUAGGGAGUUUUUCAACUGAGGAAUUAGAUGAAAACUACGUCCCAAUGAACCCAAAUUCACCUCCUCGACAGCAUUCUAACAGCUGUACGGAACCCAUCCAAGAAACCAAUUAUGUACCUAUGACUCCAGGCACGUUUGACUUUUCUUCGUUUGGAAUGCAAGUUCCACCUCCAGCACAUAUGGGCUUCAGAUCCAGUCCACAAACUCCA